CCAACCCUAAUCCCCUUCUAUCUUACUCCCUCCUCUGCUUUCAUUUCUCCCUAAAACAUUCAACUAAAACAUUCAAAACCCUACAAAAUGUGCUCCUCUAAAACACUCAACCCUCACCCUAUUGCUAAAAUCAAUGGCCGCCCGGUUCUUCAACCGAAAUCCAACCAAUUCCCCACACUCGAAAGACGCAAUUCGCUUCAAAAAAACACCCCGAAAUCCCCCACUCCCGCAUCGAUUACUGUUGCUUGCAAUAGAAGUAAUAAGCAUCCUUCUGCAUUGUCUCCUCCUAUUUCUCCGAAGCUCAAAUCCCCGCGGCCGCCUGCUCUUAAGCGAGGCAAUGACCCCAACGGAUUAACUUCGAGCGCUGAGAAAGUUUCGACACCAAGAAACGCAUCUACGAAAGCUCAUACGCCGAGUAGUAAUGUCAAGAAAUUCAAGAAAGCUAGCCCUACGAUUGAAACUACUGUGAUUAUGAACUACUCUUCUUCUUUGAUUGUCGAAGCUCCGGGCAGCAUAGCGGCUGCGAGGAGAGAACAAGUUGCUAUUAUGCAAGAACAGAGAAAAUUGAAAAUUAAUCAUUAUGGCAGAGUUAAAUCUGCUGCUGAUGAAAGGAUUGUUCCUGUUGUUGAUUCUAAUGUUGCUCUGGAAGAGAGGAGAUGUAGUUUUAUUACACCAAGUUCUGAUCCUAUUUAUGUUGCUUACCAUGAUCAAGAAUGGGGAGUUCCUGUUCAUGAUGACAGGAUGUUGUUUGAAUUAUUAGUACUGACAGGAGCACAAGUAGGAUCAGAUUGGACUUCAGUUUUGAAGAAGAGGGAAACAUUCAGGGAAGCUUUUUCAGAUUUUGAUGCAGAAAUUGUUGCCAAAUUUACUGAAAAAAAGAUAAUAUCAAUUAGUGGCCAGUAUGGCAUGGACAUAAGCCAAGUUAGAGGAGUUGUUGACAACUCUAACAGAAUUCUCCAGGUAAAGAAAGAAUACGGAUCAUUUGAGAAGUACUUGUGGGGAUUCAUAAAUCACAAAGCAAUUACAACACAAUACAGAUCAUGCAGCAAAAUCCCAGUAAAGACAUCAAAAUCAGAAAGCAUAAGCAAAGACAUGGUGAAAAGAGGGUUUAGAUAUGUUGGUCCAACUGUGAUCCACUCAUUCAUGCAAGCUGCUGGCCUCACUAAUGACCACUUGAUCACAUGUUCAAGGCACCAGCAAUGCUUUGGAUUGGCAUCAUCACAAUAGAAUUUCAAGGUUUAUAAGACAUAUAUUUCAUAGAGUGUGACCCAAAAUAUGAUUGUUAAAGGAAGAAGAAGAAGAAGCAUAGUUUGUUAAAUAUCUAACUAUAGGGUAUUGAUUAAAUUAGAUUGUAUUUUGUGAAUUAGUGAGUGUGUAGUGAGAUAUAUAAUUUCGUUUUUGAAAAAUUAAA